AUGUCGGACAUUGGGCAGUUGGAGAUUGUCCGUCGCAGACUCAACUUUGAGCAUGCGGCUAGCUUUAUUGAUCGGAAGAUUUGGCUUCUAUGGGAUUCGAGUCUAAGUCUUGCUUGUGUGGAAUGUGCGGAGCAACUGGUGCAUGUAACGACCUCCUUUGGGUCGGACGUAGCUAUCGCUGUAUCCUUUGUUUACGCGAAAUGCACCAGGGUGGCGAGGCGGCCCCUCUGGGAGGCGCUAGAAGGCAUAGGGGAGGCUAUGGUUCUUCCAUGGAUGGCAAUUGGGGAUUUUAAUGUCAUCUCCUCGGCGGAGGAGAGAUCGGGGGGGUCCCCUCCCAAUCCGCGCAACAUGGAGGAGUUCAAUACCUCAAUGUUUAGGUGUGGCCUAGCCGCAAUGGAUUUCGAUGGGCCACAGUUCACUUGGACAAAUGGCUCGGUCUGGCAGCGUUUGGACCGUGCCUUGACCAAUGUCAAAUGGGCAUUGGCGUACCCGAUUUCCAGGGUCUCUCAUCUAACAAGGGGGCGGUCUGACCAUGCACCCCUGAUGGUGAAAUGCGCCCAAGAAUGGGAUCUCCACGUUCCUUUCGGUUGCGGGGCGGAGUAUGAUCGGAGUCGGGACGAGGUCGCUAGAUCUCUCCUUCACGAGGCUCGGGCUACAUAUAACAGGGAGCUGGCAAUCGAAUGUGAGUUCUGGAAGCAAAAGGCGGCACUGAGGUGGCUGCGAGAUGGGGACGCUAACACGUCCUUCUUUCACUCGGUGGUCCGUCAGCGCCGGAAUUCAAACUUUAUUGCGCGAAUUAAGGAUGCGGAGGGCCGAUGGCUCGACGCGGCGCAGGACAUUAAAACUUCUGCAACAGAAUUCUACGCAGACUUAUUUACGUCGGAGUCAACAGUUAGAGGGGGUUUUCCGGAUCUUCCUUUUGCAAUUCCAUCGGUGGGUAGUGUGCAAAAUGACAAGAUACGAGAAGUGCCUUCCGCUGAGGAGAUCAGAGAGGUGGUCUUCUCGAUGGAUUUGAACAGCGCCCCGGUCCUGAUGGCUUUGGCGUGGGAUUCUAUCAAAAGUGUUGGGAGAUUAUCAAAGACGACCUAG